ACCCCGGAGAGGAAAAUGGGGGAGAAAGUUUCGGAGGCGCGGGAGCCGAUGCCCCGUGGCUGUAGCGGCCACGGCAGCCGGACUCCUGCCUAUGCGGCGGCCGCCUCGUCUUCAGCGGACGCCUCCUCGGCGGAGUCCUCGGGCUCAGAAACUCUGUCGGAAGAAGGGGAGCCCGGAGGCUUUCCUCGGGAGUCGCCACCGCCGCCUCUGCCACCGCCGGGCGGCGCCCCUCCGAGUGCCCGGCCGCCCGCUGCGUGGGCCCCGGCGGCGCGCGUGGUGCUGGAGCGCGGGGUCCCCGCACCGCCGCCGCCGCUCCCCGGAGGAGCCGUGCCGCCCGCGCCCCUGGACAGCAGCGCGUCCCAGGAGGAGCAGGACGAGGAGCUGGACCACAUACUGUCCCCACCACCCAUGCCAUGUCGAAAAUGCAGCAACCCAGAUGUGGCUUCCAGCCCUGGAAAGUCACUCAAGUUCAAAAGACAGCUGAGUGAGGAUGGACGCCAGCUACGAAGGGGGAGCCUGGGAGGAGCUCUGACAGGGAGGUACCUCCUUCCAAACCCAGUGGCAGGGCCCACCUGGUCAGCAUCAGCGGAGACAUCCAACCUUGUGCGUAUGCGCAGUCAGGCCCUGGGCCAGUCUGCACCUUCUCUCACAGCCAGUCUGGAAGGGCAACCUCCGAAGAGCCAUUUCAACUCAGCCCGACAUCGCCAGAGACUAGUGGACCCAGCUUCUUCAAAAAAGGAGCUGAGUCUUCCCAGAAGAGGAAGUUUGAUAGAUUCCCAGAAGUGGAAUUGCUUGGUCAAACGUUGCCGGACAAGUAACCGGAAGAGUUUGAUAGGCAAUGGGCAGUCUCCAGCAUUGCCUCGUCCACAUUCACCACUUUCUGCUCACGCAGGAAAUAGCCCUCAAGAUAGCCCAAGAAAUUUCUCCCCCAGUGCUUCAGCCCAUUUUUCAUUUGCACGGAGGACUGAUGGACGCCGCUGGUCCUUGGCUUCUCUCCCUUCUUCUGGCUAUGGGACGAAUACACCCAGCUCCACAGUUUCCUCAUCCUGUUCCUCCCAGGAGAAGUUGCAUCAGUUACCAUAUCAACCAACACCAGAUGAAUUACACUUCUUAUCGAAACAUUUUUGUACCACCGAAAGCAUCGCCACUGAGAACAGAUGCAGGAAUACACCCAUGCGUCCCCGUUCCCGAAGUCUGAGCCCUGGACGUUCUCCUGCCUGCUGUGACCAUGAAAUAAUUAUGAUGAACCAUGUCUACAAAGAAAGGUUCCCAAAGGCGACAGCUCAGAUGGAAGAGCGUCUAAGAGAAAUUAUCACCAGCUACUCUCCUGACCACGUUCUUCCUCUUGCGGAUGGAGUGCUUAGUUUCACUCACCAUCAGAUUAUUGAAUUGGCAAGGGAUUGCUUGGAUAAAUCCCACCAGGGCCUCAUCACCUCCCGAUACUUUCUUGAAUUACAGCACAAAUUAGAUAAAUUGCUUCAGGAGGCUCAUGAUCGUUCAGAAAGUGGAGAGUUGGCAUUUAUUAAACAACUCGUCCGAAAGAUCCUAAUUGUGAUUGCCCGCCCAGCUCGGUUAUUAGAGUGUCUGGAAUUUGAUCCCGAAGAAUUUUACUAUCUGUUGGAAGCAGCAGAAGGCCAUGCGAAAGAAGGACAGGGUAUCAAGACUGACAUUCCCAGGUAUAUCAUCAGUCAGCUGGGGCUCAAUAAGGAUCCCUUGGAAGAAAUGGCUCAGUUGGGGAACUAUGAUAGCGGGACAGCAGAAACACCAGAAACAGAUGAAUCAGUGAGCAGCUCGAAUGCAUCCCUGAAACUUCGAAGAAAACCUCGGGAAAGUGACUUUGAAACCAUUAAAUUGAUCAGCAAUGGAGCCUAUGGAGCUGUCUACUUUGUUCGACAUAAGGAAUCCCGGCAGAGGUUUGCCAUGAAGAAGAUUAAUAAGCAGAACCUCAUCCUUCGAAAUCAGAUUCAGCAGGCCUUUGUGGAACGGGACAUUCUGACAUUUGCAGAAAACCCCUUCGUAGUCAGCAUGUAUUGCUCCUUUGAAACCAGGCGCCACCUAUGCAUGGUUAUGGAGUAUGUGGAAGGGGGUGACUGUGCGACUCUGAUGAAGAACAUGGGUCCUCUUCCUGUCGAUAUGGCCAGGAUGUACUUUGCCGAAACAGUUCUGGCCUUGGAAUAUCUGCAUAAUUACGGAAUUGUGCAUAGGGAUUUAAAACCAGACAAUUUGCUGGUCACCUCUAUGGGGCACAUAAAGCUGACAGACUUUGGAUUAUCCAAAGUGGGUCUUAUGAGCAUGACUACCAACCUUUACGAGGGUCAUAUUGAGAAAGAUGCUCGAGAGUUCUUGGACAAGCAGGUCUGUGGCACACCUGAAUACAUUGCACCAGAAGUGAUUCUGAGACAGGGCUAUGGGAAGCCAGUGGAUUGGUGGGCUAUGGGAAUUAUCCUCUACGAAUUUCUGGUUGGAUGCGUGCCAUUCUUUGGGGACACUCCAGAAGAGCUAUUUGGACAAGUCAUCAGUGAUGAGAUAAACUGGCCUGAGAAGGAUGAGGCACCACCUCCUGAUGCUCAGGAUCUGAUCACCUUACUUCUCCGGCAGAAUCCCCUCGAGAGACUGGGAACAGGGGGUGCAUAUGAAGUCAAGCAGCAUAGAUUCUUUCGCUCUUUAGACUGGAACAGUUUGCUGAGACAGAAGGCGGAAUUCAUUCCCCAACUGGAAUCCGAAGAUGACACAAGUUAUUUUGAUACUCGGUCUGAGAAGUAUCAUCAUAUGGAGACUGAGGAGGAGGACGACACAAAUGAUGAAGACUUUACUGUGGAAAUCAGGCAGUUUUCUUCGUGUUCACAUCGGUUUUCAAAGGUUUUCAGCAGCAUUGACCGAAUAACUCAGAAUUCAGAAGAGAAGGAAGACUCGGGGGACAAAACCAAAAGCACAGCAUUGCCAUCCACAGAAACGCUAAGCUGGAGUUCAGAGUAUUCAGAAAUGCAACAGUUAUCCACGUCCAACUCUUCAGACACUGAAAGCAGCAGACAUAAGCUCAAUUCUGGCCUGCUUCCGAAACUGGCUAUUUCAGCAGAGGUAGAUCAUGAUGAAGUGACUUCCUGUCCUAGGGACACUCAUGAAGAGCCAGAGAAACCAGCUCUGCCUCCUGCAGAGUGUGCUCAGGAGGAGCCUGAGGUCACCACUCCUGCAAGCACCAUCAGCAGCUCUACCCUGUCAGUUGGCAGUUUUUCAGAGCAUUUGGAUCAGAUAAAUGGACGCAGCGAGUGUGUGGACAGUACAGACAAUUCCUCCAAGCCAUCCAGUGAAGCCGCCUCUCACAUGGCUCGGCAGCGAUUAGAAAGCACAGAAAAAAAGAAAAUCUCGGGGAAAGUUACAAAGUCCCUUUCUGCCAGUGCUCUGUCCCUCAUGAUCCCAGGAGACAUGUUUGCUGUUUCUCCCCUGGGCAGUCCAAUGUCACCCCACUCCCUGUCUUCAGACCCAUCUUCUUCCCGGGAUUCCUCUCCCAGCCGAGAUUCAUCAGCAGCUUCUGCCAGCCCACAUCAGCCCAUCGUGAUCCACAGUUCAGGAAAGAACUAUGGCUUCACCAUCCGAGCCAUCAGGGUGUAUGUGGGGGACAGUGACAUUUACACGGUGCACCAUAUUGUUUGGAAUGUAGAAGAAGGCAGCCCAUCAUACCAGGCAGGACUGAAGGCUGGGGACCUCAUCACGCACAUCAAUGGAGAACCAGUGCAUGGACUUGUACACACUGAAGUCAUAGAGCUCCUGCUAAAGAGUGGAAACAAGGUGUCCAUCACUACCACCCCAUUUGAAAACACAUCCAUCAAAACGGGACCAGCCAGAAGAAACAGCUAUAAGAGCCGGAUGGUGAGGCGGAGCAAGAAAUCAAAGAAAAAAGAAAGUCUGGAAAGGAGGAGGUCCCUCUUCAAGAAACUCACCAAGCAGCCUUCUCCUUUACUCCACACCAGCCGAAGUUUCUCCUGCUUGAACCGAUCCCUUUCCUCAGGGGAGAGCCUCCCAGGCUCCCCCACCCACAGCCUGUCUCCCCGGUCUCCAACGCCCAGCUACCGCUCCACACCUGACUUCCCAUCCGGUACUAACUCCUCCCAGAGCAGCUCCCCAAGCUCCAGUGCCCCCAAUUCUCCAGCGGGCUCAGGACACAUCCGGCCCAGCACCCUACAUGGCCUGGCCCCCAAACUCAGUGGACAGCGGUACCGCUCUGGACGGCGCAAGUCUGCUGGCAGCAUCCCCCUUUCGCCGCUGGCCCGGACACCCUCUCCGACCCCACAGCCCACUUCCCCGCAGCGGUCUCCAUCUCCCCUGCUGGGACACUCACUGGGCACAAGCAAGGUAGCCCAAGCCUUCCCCAGCAAGAUGCACUCCCCACCUACCAUCGUGCGCCACAUUGUGCGGCCUAAGAGCGCAGAGCCUCCUCGCUCACCUUUGCUCAAGCGUGUACAGUCGGAGGAGAAGCUCUCGCCUGCCUAUGGGGGUGACAAGAAGCACCUUUGCUCCCGCAAGCACAGCCUGGAGGUCACACAGGAAGAGGUGCCGAGGGAGCAGGUCCCCCGAGAGGCCACUGUGCAGAGCCUGGAAGAGAAUGUAUGUGAUGCGCCCUCACUGAGCCGGGCACGGCCUGUGGAGCAGGGCUGCCUGAAGCGCCCUGCUGCCCGCAAGCUGGGCCGGCAGGAGUCUGUUGAUGACCUGGACCGGGAAAAACUGAAGGGCAAGGUGGUGACCAAGAAACCCGAGGGCCUCCUGGACAAACACGAAAUACAGCAUCCCAAGGCCCACGGCACCAGUGGUGACUCAGAGAACCUCUCGACCUCCCGGCUGGAAGACAGAGAGAAGGUAUAUGCAAAGGCACCAGAAAGGCCGAGCCCUUUUGAAAACAAGCCAGUGCUGCAGGAGGCCACAUCCCUGGGUAGCCUGCUGAAGGAUGCACUACACAAGCAGGCCAGCGCACGGGCCAGCGAGGGGGCAGCCUCAGACAGGCCAGUACCCCCUGAGCACAGCCAGGCCCCCGGAGACCUCAAGCGACCAUCCACACCAGGCUCACUCCCAGACAGCCUAAGCCCCUCCACUGACAGGGCCUCUUCCAGGAAGGUGGGGGACAGUUCCGAGAAGGGCUCUCAGGCCAAGGAGUGUCCCCGCUGUGAGAAGCUCGACAGCCGGCUGGCUAGCCUGGACUACCUGCGGAAGAUGAUGUCUCUGGAAGACAAAGAGGACAGCCUCUGUCCAGGACUCAAGCCCAAGAUGGCCUGUGGCACCCACGAGGGCCUGUCUGGGAGCUCUGUCCGGCCCGUUGGGGCCCAGCAGGAGUCUCUGACUGCCUCCGAAGGCCGAGCUUUCAUAGCCAGUGCCCAUGGAGCCCAGGUGAGCACCGGCCCCUUUGUUCCGCUAAAGAGCCUGAGUGGCCGGGCAGAUGGCGGGGCUGAGAAACCAGGCUUGGUCCCCCCUGAGUCACCCAUCCGCAAAAGCCCCUCUGAGUACAAGCUGGAAGGAAGGUCCAUGUCAUGCCUGAAGCCCAUUGAGGGCACACUGGACAUUGCUCUUCUAUCUGGACCCCAGACCUGCAAGGCUGAGCUAUCUUCCCCAGAGCCCACCCUGAGCCCCUGCCCAGGCAGUGAACUUGACCCCUUGGGGUUCCCUGCCCUACCCAGCAGUGGGGGCAAGAAGGGCGAAGCCUCAAGCCAGAGGGAGCCUCCCCCAUCCAACUUUAGGGUAACUAAAUCCGUCCUGCUGGAGCCCCGGUUUGCACCCACCAGCCGCAGCCUCCAAGUCUCCUCAGCAGCGGCUCUUCCUGAGGCUGAAUCACGGAGAGACAAGAGGGGACCCCAGGCUGCCCGGACCCCUGCUCUGCUUGCUGAAAGUCCUGCCCCGUGCCGAGAGGCUAGCUCCUUUCCAACGCAAAAUCAAUACAUGGCUGGGGAUCUGGCCAGAGCAAGGGGCUCACUUUCCACUACAGGAGUCCCCUCAAGAGAGAAGGGUGGCCCAAGAGACUCUUCCGAAGGGGGCCUGUCCACCCCCCGAAAUGAGGGCCCUGUUCUGAGAGCUGUAGGCCACCGAGAAGUCUCUACUGACCUGUCUUCUCCAGAUACUGCUCGAGCCAAUGACAGCUCCAGAAACAACAUCUCAGUGGGCAGGGCCCACCCCCAGGAGUCUCUCACAGAGCGACAGGCCAUGGGGAAAACCUGUGGACCUGGAGGAAAAGCACACCCCAAGGAGAUGAGGCCACUUGCCAGGGAGGAGUCAGCAGGGGCCCCUGGUGAGCAUGUGCUGGACAAGGGAAGAAGUGGCCUGGACUCCAGACUAGAUGCCUCUAGCACUGCCAGUCACUCUCUACAGGCACCAGUAUCUGGGGCCAGCAAGAGUGAAAAACUCAUUGGGGGACCCUCUUUGCCAAAAGACAGCCCCAAGGAGCCUGAAAGGAAAGAGCAGCCUUUCCCAAAGCAGGUCAGUGGUGGCUUUCAGCCCCCGCACACCAUCACCAAAGAACCCCACAGCCAGGUCGUACGGCCUCCCUGCAGUACCCCGAGUCUUUCUGCUCCUGGCCGGGAGCUGAGCAAUAGUCCCAGCACUGCAGAGCCAGGCCCCGGCCUCCUUCACACUCCCAAACCCACGGCCAUACACGGUGCAAGCAGUAGCCACAAGCCUCGGCCUGGCCCUGAUGUAGGACCCCCAAAGUCAAAGCACUCAGAUAGGCCUGCCUUCUCCCAGAAGCUGGGUGCUGUGGCCAUGGGGGGCAGAGAGCCUGGUACUCCAUCCCGUGCUGUGUCUACCACUCCAAGCCGAGAGGUGAAGGACAGCAGUAAAGGGGUUCAGGAUGCCCUCCCUGCCACCCCAGUCUCCCACAAAGCAAUGGGUGCUGCCUCCCAAGGAGGAAUUGGCUCACCCCUUGCACAGCUUUCAGAGGCAGGUACCCUAGAUACCAAACUGAAGUCCACAAUGGGUGGGCGCCCCUUGGAGGCACUGGAGAAGCAGCUGCCAAAGCCAGGACACUCAACAGGGAGUGAGUCCACAGACCCUGCAGUCGCAGUUGCCAGUGAGAAGCACACCCUGUCUCCAAAGCAUCCCAAACCAUCCACUGUGAAAGAUGGCACCUCUCUCUGCAGACAAAUGGACAGGAGCCCCAGUCCCCAGACUGCAGUCACCACAGACCGGAAAUCUGAAGGGAAGAGAGGCACAGAAGCACUUUAUGUCAUGGCCGAUGGUGGUAGGCUGGAGGCCAACCAUCCCCAGACACAAGGAGAGACCAGGUUGCUCGGAGUAGAGAGGCCACCAAUGGCUGGGCCCAAGGUCUUCCCAGAGACCAGAGGGAAAGGCGUUGGGCCCCAGAAGCCCCUGACUGAGGCUGCCAAGCCAGGCAGCCUGAAACGGUCACCCUCAGCUACCGGGCAGAGCUCCCUCAAAUCUGCAGCCCUCCCCGAGAAAUCUCUGAGCUGCUCCUCCAGCUUUGCCGAAGCCAGAGCCGGUGCUGGGGAGGCCUCUGCAGCCAACACUGACCCCGCAUCUGCUAAGGCCCAUCGGGCUGAGUCCUCAGUCCUCGGACCCAGGGAACCAAGGAAAUGUCUGCCUGGGGUGGAAGGCAGGACCCAGAUGACCAAGAGUGACUCUCUGCCAUCCUUCUGGAGCUCCAUCUCCCUGGAGCCACCCCAAUGUGGCCCCGGUGUGUUCUCAGGGGCAGCUGGCCACCGGGACAGGGCCUUGUCAGUCACUGCCAGCCCAGGAGAUACCAAGGGGAAGGACAUAACCCCAACUCAGUCACUGCAGCUGAGGAAGCAGAACACAGGCCGAGAAGGAGCCAAGCCAGGCCCUGCACACACGCCCAGCACUGAACGUCCCUUCUCCCUUUCUUCUGAAAAGGACUUUGUGGUGCGACAGAGGCGAGGGAAAGACAGUUUGCGGAGCAGCCCUCAUAAAAAGGCCUCAUAAUGCAGCAGGCUUUCCCCUGCCACCCCCUUGAAUGUGUAACUGUCUUCACUACCUGUCAGAACCAGCACUGUGUGGGCAAGUCCACAGGCCAAGCCUGGGGCUGGGGGAAGGAUGAGAGAGGGAAGGAGAAUACAGAGCAAAAGAGAAGAAGGCCUUCCAUACCACCCCAAUCGUAACCGGUGAAACUGCUACCAGAUAGUGUUUGUACAAAAGGAAAAAGGAGGGGGAAAAAGACCCACAAAAACACAAGAUACCUUUACAAGUUGAGUGUUCUUGAGGAGAAAGAUUUCCUCUGUACAUAUCUAGCAACGUGUUUGGUUUGGGAUGUAGAGUGUAAACCUUGCUGCUGAUUGAAUUGUUUACUAUCUCUCUCUUUCUCUCUUUUUUGUUUUGUUUUUUUAAAUAAGAUUUUUUUUUUGCUUGACCACUUAUCCUAAGAUAGUCAUGAAGCAAGAAGGUUAAUGGGGGGUGCUAAAGUAGAGAUGCACCCACCUUUCUGUGUAAACACGCCCACCUACAUGUUUUGGUCUGUGGUUCCAGAGACUGUUUUAAGGCUCUAUUUUUUAUCAGUUCAGUCCUUCUAAUUAAAAUUUAAGAAGUGAACAAAAGCCCUAACUAGAGUAGACAGUAUGUUGUAAAUGUGUAUUUUUGACCAGAGAUUUUGAUAGUACCAUGUCUGGCUACCUAUAUUUUCAGAUCAAAAACAAGAGCUCUUCUAACUCACUGCAUGAGGAGAUUGCCUCCAGUAGGAAGGUCUAGAGCAGAAGACAGUGGCCCCACUCAUGUCUUGGUUAUCCUAAUGGACAUCUUGAUCCUGGGUUUCAACUGUCUGUUAAGCCAGUUGUCCUUGUCUGUGGGGUGUUUGUCGGUCAUCACACUGGGUUGAGCUGGGAGCAGGCUCCCAACACAAGUCCACUUUAUUUCUGUUCUUUCCUUUUUCCUUGUUUCUGCUCUUACACUCAUAGUCUUGAUGCUAUGAGUCACUAGUCCAAGAAGCACACAUUUCCUGGUAAAGUCCUGUACCAGCACUACUUCUUAACAAAAACGCAAAAAUUGCUGGUCACACGCAAAUCUGCUAGUACUUAGGUUGAGGAUGAGCAUUACGCAUUGGAAGAGGUUUUAAGGUCUCUCUUUCUUUUCUCUCUCUCUCUUUUUUUUUUUUUUUGAGGAAAGGAUAGGGCAUAGAUUUUGGCAUCAUAGCAUAUAUAUUUAGGAAUAAUCAGGACAUCAGAUACAUUUUAAUACAUAGCUGGGGCCUUAUGUUGUAGAUGAAGCUUGCUGUUUUUUAGCAAGUUCCUGGGUUUCACAUUCAUUUCUGAUGCAUUGAGUAGCUCCAUACUUUUCAUAACAUGAUCUCUUUAUUUGUAUGCAAAAAUUUACUGUAUUAAUAAAGAGCAGCAUUUUUGUAACAAAAAAAAAAAGACUUGUUGGAGCUAUUUGGUGCUUGAAUGUGGCUGUCCUUUUUACUUUUGCUAAAGCCUUAUUUAAAUUUUGUAUACCAUGAAAUAUGUAGAUUUUGUCAAAUCAUUUUAGUGCUGGGGGGGUUCUUUGUUUUUAUGUUGCAGUUUUCCUGGUAACUUGUUUUGUACUAUAAGAUGGCACUCACUGACAUAAGUAGUAAGGCACUAAGAGAAAAUGCGCACAGAUAAGUAUUUAUACCAUGCUUGGGAUCUAUAGAAGAAUUUUUUUGUUUCAUUUUGUAGAGGAAAAAAUUACCAAUAAAUACUAAUCUCACACCCAGACCCCUUCGGGGUGACUUAGUGUUUCAGGCGAUAAAAUUAUUCACCAAGCACAGCAUCAUCUUAGAGCCCUGUGGAUUGUAAAUCAUUUAGUGUGGCUGUAAACGCAGCUCCAGGAACAAAGGCAUAACUUAACCAAAUGCUUGGUUGUCCUUUAUUGUAAAAUGAGUUGGCAGUAGCAAAAAAAUAAAAAUCAAGUCUCCUUUUUGUCCCCCAACAUUUUCCCCAUGUAGUUUUAGCCAUCCUCCAUCACUGUGUUGUGAAAUAGUAGAAGAAAAAAAAUAUUUUACAUAAAGUGCAUUUCAAAAGUAGUUUGAACAAUUAUAUUUCUCUCUGUGUUAGAUGGUUGUCAUAACCCAACCCAUCUGUACAGACAUCAAAACAGGUGUUUGGAGGUAGUUCAUGGUUUACAGCCUUUGCUUUUUAACUGUCCAUUUUUUCUUUAAAGCACAACUAGCUGCUUGUUUACAGAUGAUAUUUUUAUGUAUAUUUUGUACAGUGUAUUAUCUUUUUUUUUUUUCGCCAAAUAUGUUUUGCAUUCUGGAUGAGUAAAGAGUACCUAAGAUUGCAUUCAUGUAAAACCUGUUUGUUGUUGUAAACCUCUCCAGUCAGCUGGUAGAAAUUCUCCUGUGUUCUCUUUGGUCGGUCUCCUGUGAUUGUAAAAUGUGCUCCUUAGUAGUACUCCCAGCUGUAGACUUACCAGCUUAAAAGUUUGUUAGGAUCUGUGCAAUAAAGUGUUUGCAGUCUUAUUUUCUCUAAGAAAUACCCAAUGGAUGUCAUAAUUGUUGUAUAUUGAACAAAUAUUUAUACUUAUGCAGUCGCAUAACAUUGAAAUAAAAUUUAGCAUGAAAAGAUAA